UUGAUCCGCUAUGUAAUAAGUACCAGUCUUUUUUUAUACUAUGGAGAGGUGAAUGCUGUCUUUCCGUCACACUAUGUGUACAAUUAUAUCAGUAAUACGAAACGUGAUUUCAUAAAACUGGAGUUCCUGUGACAGCACUGCGCGAUGUCACAUUUAUCGCGUCUAUUUAGCGAGUCUCAGUUUCGACGGCACUUCGCAGCUUGACAGACAAUCCACGCUUUACGGCGGAUUCCUUAAUUAUUUACACUACAGUCUAAACAUGCGACUACUGCACGUCGCAAUUGUCUUAUUGUCCAUAUCUGGAUUGAGCCUCGCGGCAACAAUUGAAACUACAAUUGGAUGUAAUUGCUGGCACUGCGACGAUGAAGAAGUAAUAGGUUUGGGCGAGGAGACGACUACUCACGCGUGGCAGGCGAUGUACAAGGAAGACAGCGAUGACGAUGGCGAUCGGACAAUUUGCGCUAGGAAUCGUGCUUUUAACGAUCGCACAUUUCCGAGUGUCUGUCACAUGUUGUGUUACAAUCGUUGUACGAGGUAUCGAUUGGUGACAGUUCAGGAGAAUGACGUGAAGAAAUACGUUGUAGUUGCAUAUAGACCAAAUUAUUACAAACUACGAAAUGGGAAGUGCUGAGGAUUAUUAUUUGUUUCCGGGUGAGAAAUAUAAUAUAUAUAAUGGUGAUAGCGCGAUUAUUACAGAAACUGCAAUAGAACAAUGUUCCAUUAAUUUUAAAUGCUAUACAUUAUACUCACUUUAAAUAAUUAAAGUAGAUAUAAGGUAUGUUCAAAGCAUGUACAAUAAAAUAAACAAUUUCGAUUAAGACAG